CGUUGUCAUAAUAUUUGCACAGCUGUUUUAUUUAAAAUCUUAUUUAAAAUUUGUUUUUGUCGAUUAUGUUAUGACAAUUUAUAAAUUAUAUCUUAAUAAUAAGCUUUACUACUUUCCAUAUUUUCCAAAAAAAAUUAUUUAACAAUUAAGGAUUUCUAUUAGAAGUUAUGAGUCUUUCAAACAAACGUAUGAAUCGGGACAAAGUUGAUCAACAUAAUAAAAGAAUAAAGCUAGCCUGUAGCUAUGGCGAGUCGUGUUAUAGAAUGAAUCCGGCACACUUCAGAGAGUUCAGUCAUCCGCAUUUGGAGAGUAUCCUGGAUAAUUACAGUGGCUCGGGUGAUUACGACAUACCCGAGAGGUUCAGCUUACAACGAAACAUGAUCAGGGAACAGCUCGACAUGAUGAUACAAAACAAGCUCUAUGAAGGACAACGGUGUGGAGAUCUAGCGAGGAAAGACAGUGAAGAUAGUAAGAAAGAUGGAGGUGAGCCUAAAACAGACAUGGCCGGGACGAGUCGGAGUAGUGAUGGAAAGAAAAAGGCACAAACGACCGAUGAAGAACAGAUGUCAAGUAGAACACACGAACAGACAGACACGCGAUCAAGCAAGACAUGUGGUGACAAAAAAAUACUCGACUCCACGUACCGGCCGAUGGUGCCGCCGACCAGGGACCCUCGCUCGUUCCUGGACGUGGUGGUGAGUCCCGGUGGUAUGUUGUCCAAACACGCGGCUGCCGCUCCCUACCACGUGUUCUACACCACCAUCAAGGAUAGUAAGAAGACUCACAACCAGAAGUACUCCAUCACACUGCUGGAGAUCCUCGACAGUAGUUUGGGCGAGCUGAAGUGCUCCCUCCAGAUAAACUUCAUGGUGGACGCGGGCUGGCUCCUGGCGCACUAUUACUUCGCGGGUUACAGCGCAAAGAAGCUAACGAUCCUGUACGGGGAGGAGAGCGCGGAGCUGAGGAACAUCAGUGCCAAGAAACCCAACGUGGAGGCGCACCAGGUCAAGAUGGCGACGCCCUUCGGCAAACAUCACACGAAGAUGAUGUUGCUGUGCUACGAGGACGGCUCCCUGAGGGUGGUGGUGUCCACCGCCAACCUGUACAUGGACGACUGGGAGAACAGGACGCAGGGCCUCUGGCUGAGUCCGUCCUGCCCGCAGCUGCCGGCGGAGAGUCCGAGUCACUCGGGCGAGAGUCCCACGGGCUUCAAGCGGAGUCUCCUGGACUACCUGCAUCACUACCGCCUGCCGCAGCUGGCGGUCUACGUGCACCGGGUCCAGCGCUGCGACUUCAGUCACAUCAACGUGUUCCUCGUCUGCUCGGUCCCCGGCACUCAUUACUCCGCGUCGUGGGGUUUCCUGCGUGUGGGUGCUCUGCUGCGUGCUCACUGCGCCGUCCCGCCCCAGGAGACUCGCUCGUGGCCGCUGAUCGCUCAGGCCAGUAGCCUCGGCAGCUACGGGAAGGACCCCGGGUCGUGGCUGACGGGCGACUUCCUGCAUCACUUCACCAAGAUAAAGGACCAGCCGCAGACCCUCACCCCGCCGCCCGACCUCAAACUCAUCUACCCGUCGCUGGAGAACGUGAAGUCCUCCCACGACGGUCUGCUCGGCGGCGGCUGCCUGCCUUACUCCGCGGCCGUCCACGUCAAGCAGCCCUGGCUCAAGGACUUCUUAUACCAGUGGCGGGCGCUGCACUCGGAGCGGGACCGCGCGAUGCCUCACAUCAAGAGCUACACGCGCGUGUCCCCCGACAACUCGCGCGCCGCCUUCUAUCUGCUGACUUCCGGCAACGUGAGCAAGGCGGCCUGGGGCGUCCGCAACAAGGACGGCGGACUCCGCCUCAUGAGCUACGAGGCCGGAGUCCUGUUCCUGCCGCGGUUUGUGAUGAGCUCGGACUUCUUCCCCCUGUCCCCCUCCUCCGCCCUCCGCCUGCCGGUGCCGUACGACCUCCCCCCCCAGAGGUACUCCCCGGACAUGUCGCCCUGGGUCUCCGACUACUUGUACUGAAUAAAUAUAUUAUUAUUA